UAUGAAUCAACUUUCAUUUCACCGGUAUCAACUUGACCAGCGUACCAGUGUUGUUUUCGAAUUCCGACUUUAACCUUAAUAACAAUAUUUUAUCUAUGUUGUUUAGUUUUUAACCUUCGCAAACAGACAGUCAUUAACCAUUUGAAAAACAAACCGUCGACUAACAUGUUGCCUGUGUUACCUGAUUUUCCCGCUGGCCCUUUGGACUUUUACCGCAAAAGGGCAUCCUUUGACUGGAAAAAAUUAAAAACCUUCAUCGAAACGGAAGAAGUGGUCAAAUUCCAAAACGACCUACUCAAGGUACUCCAGGCAAAUCCGGUGUUCCAUGAUGAUCACACCCACCAAACCCUGGACGAACAAAGGCACAAGACCCUUCAACGGGCAUUUUCUAUAGCCGACGUCGACCUUUCCUCGAUCAGUACCAGCAAACUAAACCUCUCCCAGAGGCAACUCGAGACCCUAAGGACCAUGGCCCAGCUGAGUCCCGAAUCCUGUGCCAAACGCAUUGCAGGAGAACUAUUCACAAACGCUCUGGCAAUUCAAGGUACCGAGAAACACCGCAAGUUCAUUCACGACAUAGAAACUAGAAAGAUACAUGGGUGUUUAUGUAUGACCGAAAUCGGGCAUGGUAGUUACACUAAUGGUAUGAGGACCACCGCAACCUACGAUAAAGAUAAACGGGAGUUUGUGUUGGAUACCCCGGAUUUUCAGGCCGCUAAAUGCUGGGCCGGGUGUCUGGGAAAAGUGUCCACCCAUGCUGUCGUGUAUGCACAGCUUUAUAUCGAUGGUAUGCAUUAUGGGUUGCAGGGAUUCGUGGUACCGAUUAGGGAUCCGAAGACUUUGUUGCCGUUUGUUGGAGUCACGGUGGCGGAUAUGGGCGAGAAAAUUGGGCUCAAUGGGAUCGAUAAUGGGGUCCUAAUUUUUGACAAAUACCGCAUUCCCGCCGACUGCUACCUAAACAAAUAUGGCGACAUAACCCCCGAGGGAGACUACAUCAACUACAUCAAGGACGCCCAAGAAAAGCAAACCAUCAUCAUGGGUAGUAUAUUUGUGGCUCGAAUAGGCGUCAUCGGUGCCAUGGAGUGCUAUGGUACCAAAGCCCUUACCAUAGCCAUCCGAUACGCAGCCGUAAGACGCCAGUUCGGACCUUCCGACGGCGAAGAAGUUCCGAUUUUGGAGUACCAAUCUCACCAACAUCGCCUCUUACCGUACCUAUCAGUAAUGUACGUCGCAAGAUUCUUCAGCUCGUACUUAUCAGAAAUAAUCGAAGGACUCUUCUUGGACUCUUCGCCAAAACAAAACGCAGAGUCCUUAAGUGCAGCAGCCGCGGAACUUCACGCCCUGUGUUCGGCUAGUAAAUCUGUACUGGGGUGGAUGGUCAGAGACGCGAUUCAAGAAUGUCGGGAAGCUUGUGGAGGUCACGGUUACCUCAAAGUUGCCGGGAUUGGACACAUAAGGGAUGAUUUUGACGCCGUUUCUACCUACGAUGGCGAAAACCACGUGCUGAUCCAACAAACGAGCAACUGGUUGGUCAAAUUGUGGUCCCGUGUGGAAGCCGGCGGCCAAAUUUCAACACCUUUGCAAACCGCGAAUUUCCUAUCAGACGCUUCGAGGAUUUUGAAACUCAAAUUGAAUGCAACCAGCGUGGAAAAAAUUUCGCAACCUGAAGACAUACUACAAGCCUACCAGUGGCUCGUUUGCUACCUGGCAAAACAAACCAAAGCUAAAUUGGCCACUUUGACUCAAACGCAAGGUCCGUUUUGGGCUAGGAGCAACACCCAGGUGUUCUACGCCAAAAGUUUGAGCACGGCGUUUUUGCACUACGUUGCAUUGAGACACCUAUUGACCAAAAUCGAUGCAGCUGCAAACACAGAAGUUAAAAAUGUCCUGCUCAAACUCUUCUCUUUGUAUGGAGUCUGGACUUUGGAAAAAUUUUUGCCGACGUUGUACCAAGGUGGAUACGUUCAAGGUCCUGAAGCCACGAGUCUUGUUCACGAGGCUAUUUUGGCACUGUGUCACGAUGUUAAAGAUGACGCGGUUUCGUUGGUGGAUGCCAUGGCGCCCCCGGAUUUUAUUCUGAAUUCUGUUUUGGGAGCUUCGGAUGGCCAAGUGUAUCAGCGGCUGAAAAGUGCUAUUUUUAUGGCUCCGGGUGCUCUGGGCAGGCCUUCGUGGUGGCGCGAGGUGGUUACUUUGAAAAAUAAGCUGUGAUAAUGUGGAUUUUUUUGGUUGUUAAAGUUAUAACUAUAAAAUUAGGGUUUUAUUUUUUUUCGUUUUAAUAAAUGACAGGAAGUUGUAAAAAAUAAA